AUGUCACGGCAUAAUGAGACAUCUCCCCUUCUCUCUCACCAAAGAGAAGAUGGGUACCAAACGCAAGGGAGAGCAUCUCAUACCAUCUAUCGAGAAGCCCUGGAUUUAUUCAAGGCCACCGUGCCAAUAUCGGCGUCCUUUGCUCUACAAAACAUUGUGCAAGCUGCUAGUGUCAUCAUUGUCGGACGCCUCGGCCCACACGAACUUGGAAUAGCCUCCUAUGGAUAUAUGUUUGCCACAUGCACUGGGAGCAUGGUCGCAAUUGGUGGUGCAACGGCACUCGAUACGUUGUGUGGCCAAGCAAUCUCCUCGCCAAGCUUCAAGGCUCAGCCCACAAUUUUAGGCAAGCACUUACAGCAGAGUUUGUUCAUAUUAAGCCUUCUGUUCUUGAUCUUCAUCACUCCCAUUUGGAUAUUCUCUAACCGCUUGUUCUUAAUAUUGGGUCAAGAAUCGUGGCUAGCGGAAGGGACAGGCAAGUUUCUCCUCUGGAUGCUCCCUGCUGGUUACAGCCAGAUGAUUGUCGAGUGUCUCAAAAAGUAUGCACAAGUCCAAGGUCAAAGCAAUGCUGUCGGAUGGGCCGCCCUAGCUGCCACAGUGAUUGGUGUGGGCGCAAAUUUCGUCUUUGUUCAUGCAACUGCUCUUAGAAUUCACGGCGCGCCUGUUGCUUUCUUCAUCUAUCAGUUCGCUACGAUCGCCUUCUUGUCCUUUCUCUUGUUGAAACAGGAACGCGGCUUGAAGACAAUCCGAUUAGUGAGGCAAUGGAGCCAGUUCUCACACGGCUUGUUAACCAACGCCUCGUUGGCCAUUACUGGACUUCUCACGAUUGCCACAGAGUGGUGGAGCUUUGAGAUUCUAGCGAUUAUGGCUGCCAAUUUGUCGACAAAUGAGAUCAGUGCACAAAGUAUCCUCAUGUCAGCAGAUCUGAUUUUCACCACAGUUUCCUUAGGUAUAGGCGUCGCAGUCAGCCAUCAAGUAGGGAAGGCUCUAGGUGCCAAAGAGAUCCAACUCGCACGGCGCGCAGCCAUGUCAUCAUAUCUGCUUGCAGCCUGCCUCGGCAUCCUGGAGCUCGCAUUGAUUAUGUCUUUUCGAAACUCCUUUGGCUAUCUGUUCACUUCAGACCCCGAAGUGGUGGAAACCACAGCAAAGGUGCUUCCGUUCAUGGCUGUUUUCCAGAUUCUAGAUCUUACAAAUGGGGGUGCCGGAGGAAUCUUACGAGGCGUGCGAAUGAACCAUCUCUCUGGCAUGUGCAAUUUCAUGGCUUAUUACGGCGUCGGGUUGACAACAGCAUGGGCGCUUUGCUUCCGUCUUGGUUGGCGCUUAACCGGGCUAUGGGCUGGAAUCAUCACGGGUAGUGGUGCUUUGCUGGUUUUACAAACUGGCUGUGUAUCAAGUCUAUCAUGGACCAAGUUGGUGAACAAAGCAUCUGGAGAGAUCUCGGACUAG